ACGGACACGUGAAGAAAGAGCGGAACCACAGUGACAGCCUAGCAAACAUAAUCGGACUGCUUUUACCAGCGCACUCGAGUAGCCUCCAUGACAGGCAGCAGUUGACAAUAAUACCAAGUUGAUGUUUGCCUCUCUGUCCACAAUGAUGUCGCAUGGGUUCAAGAGCAGUAAGCAGGACUUCACCUUUGGACCAUGGAAAGUGACUGCUGCCAAAAACCACAUCAUGAAAUCCAAAGACAUUGAACGGUUAGCGGAGGAGAUGAACAUGCCCUCCCUCCCAGAGAUGCUGUUUGGGGACAAUGUCCUGCGCAUCCAACACACUGAUGGCUACGGCAUCGAAUUCAGUGCCAUCAACGCUCUUAAGAGAGUCAACAACAUGGAGGAUGCUGUCAAGGUGGCUUGUGCUCAGGAAUGGCAGGAGAGCAGAGCUGAUUCUGAACACUCCAAAGAGGUGGUGAGACCCUACGACUGGACAUACACCACAGACUACAGAGGCACUCUGAUAGGAGACGAUAUGCAGAUAAAGGUGACUAAGACAGCGGCACGUAUUGACAUGGAGAAGCUGAAGGCUCGGGAACAGAUCAUGUUCUUCGAUGAGGUGUUGUUGUUCGAGGACGAGCUGCAUGACCACGGAGUCUCAAUGAUCAGUGUCAAAAUUAGGGUGAUGCCCACCAGUUUCUUCUUGUUGCUGCGUUUCUUCCUACGAGUGGACGGAGUCCUGAUUAGAAUAAAUGACACACGACUGUACCACGAGGCUGGAAAGAAUUACAUGCUACGGGAGUUCAGCACGAGGGAAAGCAAAAUAGCAGAACUGAAGUUCCUGAAGUCAGAGGCAGACCUGGAGUACAUUGAGAAGCGGCUGAAGCUGGAUUUCAUUAACAGCACUGCAGAGAAUGGAUGUCCUGCUGAGGAGAACCCAGCGGUGAUGCUGGAGAACCUGAGGGCCAUCAAGGCCAAACACACAGCACUGUGCUCUCAGGUAAAGGAGAUUGCAGCUGCACAGAAAGAAUCCAUGGACUCCAUAAGGAACAACCUCAGCAGCGUCAUGGACGUGAUCCAACACUUCCAACAAACCACUGAUGUGGAGGUUCAGCCACUGACAGACUCAAUGCAGGACUCACUACAGAUCCUGGGUUCAGCUUUCAGUGAGACCACAAAGCAGGUGCCUCCUGCUAUAACAGCUUCUAGCCAACAGCAGCCACUGAGCUAUGAGUCUGAUAACGUGGAGCUGAGUGAAGCGAUGUUUGGGGCGGUUCCUCUCAGCCUACGCUCCAGCAUCAAGCUGGCCGACCUCAAUGUGUUCUACCAACAGCUGCAACAGCACCUCAGCAAAGACAACAGCAGCUCCCUCAGUGUGCAGAAGAUGAAGCAGUUGAAGAUGAAUGUGAGUGACGCCAAGCUGAAGGUCCUGCAGCACCUCUCUUUAGUGGCACUGGACAGGAAGGGCCACGUUCGACUCGUGAUGGGAGGUGAAUGAACCUGGAGACUGUCGACAGUGUGUGCUGGGUUUGGCUGAUCCUCCACACGACCUAGAGUACAGAGCUGGCUGAAGGAUCACACUGCAGAGGCUCUGGGGACACAGCCAGACACACGCACGCCACCAGAUGUUUGUGGACAUCAGUCAUAUUUCAGUCAGUUCAGAUGCUGUUAUAGUUCCAAUCCACAAAUUGCAACACUAUUUUUACUCCUCUUGCAGGUCACAAUUGUCUAUUUUAACUUUUUCUGUGUCACCUGCCUUUCCUUCACUGCCAUCCCAACAUGCUCCUCUGCUUCAUUAACCCUGAGCCAUUAUUAAAGCUGCAGUGGGUAACUUUUAUAAAAAUAAUUAUUUGUCAGUGUUUUUACAGGGUCCUGCAAAUCACCUACCACUGCAGAAAGGGGAGAGAUCAACCAAGAGAUUUUCAUGGGAUAAAAUAAAGUGGAACCGCACUGUGUGUAUUUUAUGACUGUAGAAUGAUCUCAGCAGAACUACACUGACAGUGGGUCUGGACUGGUCCCUCCUGUCCAUUGACACAUAUAUAUUCCAUAAUGGGAACAGCUGAUAUCAGAGUGGUCUUCUCAAAUGUGAGCCUCCCUUAUCCAAGUCAUAUUCUCUGUCAUCUGGUCAUUUAUAAUGUAAAUACUUUAGAUGGAAAAAAGUGUGCUGUUCAUUCCUGACAUGGUGCAGGUAAAAUGCCCUUUGUUCGCCCUCAGUGUUUGUAUAGGGUUGGGUAUGAACCUGAUUACUUUGUUGGUACUGACCAAAAUGUAUUCUUAGAUAUAAGUAUGGAAAACUGUAAAAAACUUAAAGGUCCAUCAAAGGUCUGCUCAGACUCAUAGUCGUAUGUCCUUAUUAUAGAAAAUAAAAUGUUUAUAUUUGUUCCAAAUAAAAGACUCGAAACAUUUAAA